AUGCCUGCUGUUCCGUCUGCGCUUACCGAAGCAGCCUUAAAUUGGUUCUACCGAUUGGAACCAGAGAUGGUAGACUCCUUCGAUGAGUUGAAACAAAUUUUUCUCAAUCACUUCAUGAUCCAGACAGACCGUCUAUAUUCUACCGAUGAUUUGUACACCGUUCGGCAGAGGGAGGACGAGCCUUUAAGGGAAUACGCCGAGCACUUCAGUCAUGAGUACUCAAGGUGUCCGGAAACAGUUGACAGGGCAGCCUAUGACGCCUUCAAGAGUGGUCUUCGGUCCUUACACUUUUGGUACCUGGUGCACAGUAGCAACUGGCGCACCUACGACGAAUUGAUGAAGCAAGCAAUAAUCUACGCAAAGGUCGAAUACUUCAACUCAAAAUCUGGGCCUUUGGCUAGGCAGGAGGAACCGACAUUAAAGAAUUAUUCAGCACAGAGGCAACCCUACACCCCGAUUGAAAGGACUGAUGGGUACCCUGCAACCGGUCUAAUGAACGAGCAAGAGAUAAUACCCAAACUGGUUAACCGGAAACCCAAUCGACAGGACAAUCGAGAUACCGAGAAGUUCUACCAAUACCAUCAGCACAACAACCAUAAUACCAAAGAGUGCAUAAGUCUGAGGAAAAUCGUCGAGCAUUUGAUUCAGGAAGGAAAACUAGAUCAGUACAUUGCCAGACCACCACAAGCGCCAGCUCCGAAGGUAAAUCGGCAGAUCAACAUGAUCAGCACCAUCAGUGGAGUUCCCACACUCGCCGGUAUAUCCAAUUGGUCGAGGAAGCAGUACGUUCGAGCCACGCAAUACCCUCAGGUCUUCGGCAUAGAGGUCAACCGGCAUCAUAAGGCGCCAAGGGUUACUUGGGAACCCAUCACAUUCUGCGAGAAAGAAGAAGAAAGGAUCCUUUAUCCCUAUUAUGACCCGAUGAUCAUUCGAGUAGAAGACACCGACUUCGAUGUCGAAUGGGUGCUGAUCAAUACCGAAAGUUUGGUAAACGUAAUUUUUGCCAACGCAUUCCGAGAAUUAGGAAUAAAUGAUGGCUACAUCAAUCUGCAGUUGACGCCCCUGCUCAGCUUCUCUGGGAACUUGGUUCAACCCGUCGGCAGCUUUAGUUUGCAUAUUGCCUUCGGCAUCUCCCCACGAAGGACGAUGAGAUAUGACCACUUCCUCAUUGUCGACUGCCUAAUAGCAUACAACAUCAUAAUUGGGCAAACGACACUCACCGGAAUCAAGGCGCACCUGUCCCCGCACAUGCUGCUGAUGAAAUUUCCUACUAGCUUUGGCAUGGGAGCAGUUUGA